AGCGCACAGUCACUCUACUCGGAGUGACUGUGGUUAGCGUGUGUGUGGGGGGGGAAACAGAGGUGUUAAUCCGAAAAUUUGUUGUUUUUUCCUGUUUGUAAUUGGUGCUGGCAGCGUUUGGUGAUCGUGGUGUAGCUCCGUCUGUGAGAAUUCUGUUCCGCAGUUUAUAAUACAUUACAAGUUCGGAAGUUACCGCCCCAGGGAAACCCAUGAAACGACCUUUCAUCUCUGACCCUUGACCCGAGGCCGCUCGACAAUAAGUACAACCCUGAAUGAAGUACACCAAAGUGUCUGUUAUCAAAUGUAAUGGAAAGAGUCUUCUCUAAAACCCUAGUAAUUGGAAUAAGUGGUGUAAGCAAUGGCGGCAAGACUACACUAGCAACUCGACUAGCAAAGCAGAUACCAAAUGCAUAUCAUUUAAAUCAGGAUACAUUUUUUAAGCUUGAAAAAGAUAUAUUGAUAGACAAGAAGACGGGACAUCAAAGAUAUGAUGAUCUAUCAGCAUUUCACUUGGAUGAAAUGACGAAUGCAAUAAAACAGUGGCUUGAUAAUCCAUCAAAGUUUGUAAAGAAAGAAAACCCAUCAUUGCCUUAUGUUCUUAUUUUUGAAGGUAUACUUAUAUUUAAUUAUAGACCACUCCUUACAUUGUUAUCAUUUGAUUUAAAGUACUUUUUGACGUUGCCGUUUGAAGAAGCAAAACGAAGAAGGUCUAUGAGAAUAUAUGAACCAAAGGAUCCUGAUGGGAUGUUUGACAACUAUGUCUGGCCAAUGUAUCUGAAAAAUAAACUAGAAAUAGAAGAGGAUAUAAAAUUACAAGAAUUAGAAAGGCUUGUUCUCUCCAGGGAACUACCAUAUCCUCAGAACUUUGAUGAGCUUAGGUGA